AUGGCGGAGUCAAACUUCAGCCUCUAUACUCAGAAUACUUCUCGAAAUGGCAACUCACUUCUUAAGUUCGCGAAACAGGGGUCUGGCACCGAAUAUUUCGUCUUUGCAUCUCUUCUGUGCGUCAUCAUGCUCCUUGCCUUAUUUGGCAACUUAACACUCAUUGUCACAAUCUACUACAGGAAAAAGUUGCGCACGCGCACAAACUUGUUCAUACUUAACCUGGCAUGCGCAGACUUGGGAGUUGCAUUGUUUUGCAUUCCUUUUUCGAUUAUCACAUGCUUUUCACGUGAAUGGAUAUUUGGUAACAGCUUGUGUCAAUUGAAUGGCUUUUUAAACAUUUUGUUUGAAUGUUCGUCGCUUUUCACUCUAACGGCCAUCAGCAUUGAAAAGUACUUUUCCAUUGUGAGGCCGAUGCACCGUCACGUGAUAACAACAAGACUGGCUUGGAUGAUGAUGGCGAUGACGUGGAUAUCCCCCCUGAUUCUUGCUUCGAUUCCGUUGACUGGUUUUACUGCGUUUAAAUUCAAGGCUGGUGAGUAGCAAACCAAAUAAUUCCCCUUUUGGUUCUUUGUAUUUGUGGUACUUAGAGGUAAUUAUUGAGAUCCGAUCGGUCGGACGCAUUCAUUUUCUCGAAAGGCAAUGAAAUUUUGUAAAAGUAUCUGGGGCUCGUUUUUUAUAGUCCCGGUAGCUAUGCGGGCCUCGAAAAUCAAAUAUUUAUAUCAAAAUCUAAGGAAUAAAAGGCAAGGUCCUAGCUAACAAUCCAGUUUAUCUUGCUUUGUUAACUGUAACUAUUGAAAAUUCAAACUUAAGAAAACAGCAACAGCUUUCGGAGCCCAUUGAUUAUCGGCACUCUAGAAAAACACGUCCCAUCCCAGGAAAGAUAGAUUUUUUUUGUGUUUGACAAAGAAUGAAAUGCUUUUCCACUGCUCUGAGGAUGACUGUCGUCCAGUAAUCCUGACCCGCAGGUUCUGGUAAAGGGCUCAUUUCGAACUAUAUAAUCUCUUAAAAACGAACAGUGUAGCCUACUAACGCAGACGUGUUUCUGGACUUAACUAAAACAAUUAUUCCUCGAGCCCUCAUGUUAAAAAUUAACGCUGAAAUGUCGCGCCAGAAUUAAGACUGAAGUAAUUUGUGCAAACCCAUGAUAUUAGUUUGUUUAACUUGCUCUGUCUUUCUAGGUUCAACGCAAUGUGGUGUCCAGGUCCCCAGCAAUCUUGGUCAAAUAGUAUUUGCUUUCGUGGCGCUUCUUGUCGCUUACCUCAUACCGUUAUGUAUCAUGGCAUUCUGUUACGUAAAUAUCUUCAGUGCCGCCAGAAAACACGACAUUCGCUUAUCUCGGAUGUCCCUUACAAGUACCGACACCGGCAAAGGACUUUCCUCUCAAAAACAAGUCGCAGUCACCAUUUUCAUAAUGUUUAUUACUUUUAUUUUAUGCUGGACUCCUUACUUUGCCUACAUGACUUAUAUGACAGCGCUCCAAAUCGAGACGACCGUAGAUGCAUCCAUUCAGAACUUUGGACUAGCCUCGUAUUGGUGCGCGUUUUUGAACAGUUGUAUAAAUCCCUUCUUGUAUGGAUUAAGAAAUCCUCUCAUUAGGCAAGAGCUAAAUGCUAAGAGUUGCCAAAGGUUCCAAAAUUGCACUCCUUGGAACAAAGCGAUGCAACGAGCAACAACUAAUCAUAACUGUACACAGUAUUGCAAAACCUGUUUGAAGCACAUUAACGGGGCUCGCUUUGUGGCGUAUAGAAUCUCUGUAGCUCUAGCUGAAGAAAAUACAUUAAAUCCAGACGCUGGAAUUUCCAUAGUAACCAGUGAAGAAUUCCAAAUGGGAUGUCCCGAGUUACAACUCUUAUCAAUCCAAGAUUUGCGCAAAGAUUUUGCCAGUAAACAGCCUUGUGGCGGAAACCAAACAAUGCCAAGAGAUUUGACAGAGCUACCCACUCUAUUCCAAGACACCAACUUGGACCACACUUGGAAUAGGUCCUGUUCAACACAUUCAGGUUUCGAAACUGCUCACGUACAUGUGAUGGAUAGACGUAACGAGGUCACGUGUUCAAACGAUGACUUUUCAGAAGAAAUUUUGUGUAGCGACGAGGAGUCUACUGCGUCUGUUAAUUCCAUGAGCAGAUGGAGUUUUGAAGAUGGAUGUUACUUCAACAGUUGUUCCUCUGAUUCUUCCGGAGAAAUCUAA